UCUUCUCCAGCCAUUCCCCAUCUCCCUCUCGGCCCGGGCCCAAUCCUUCGUCGUCAAGUCGAGCCUCCUCCUCCCCUUCCGCCGUAGUAGUCUUCUGUAGCCGAGAGGUGUCGCCCUCGUUCGCAUCUUCUCCAUCGAGGCGAGCCUUCGUCUACCCGCAUCUUCUCCAUCGAGUGCUUGACCGAGAGUGCAAGAGUGGGGAAUAGCUGACCUACCGUGAUCAUGUCUGUGUCCGCUGGUGUCAGCGAUGCCGCCAUCGCGGUGCGCGACAAGCUCCGGGGCAAGAUUGGCCAGACCAAGGUCAAGCGGUACUGGCCAGGAAAGGCACCUGAGUGGGCUGACGAAGCCGAUGAGGACAUUGAUAUCCGGACGGCACGGGUCUCCCUCGAUAAGGCAUUCCCGAAGGAUGAGGAUGGUGAUGUCCUGGCGAAGGACGAUCGCCGGCUCCGCCGCCUUGCAGAGACCCGCACGGAGAAUAAGGAGGAGUUGAGGGCAGAUCACCGCCGUAUCCGGCAGGCAGAGAUUGUGUCAACUGUGGAGGAAGAGAAUGAGAGGCAGGAAGUUGACAUCGACAAGGAAGAUGAUGAGGCCCGGGAGGAGAGGAGGAGGAGGAUAAGGGAGAGGCAGCUCUUGAGGGAGCAAGAGGAGCUACUUCCUCAGGAAGAGGAGGAACCGGUGGAUGAGGAGGAGGAAGAGGAAGAAUCCGAGUAUGAGACGGACUCAGAAGAUGAGCAGAUGGGCAUGGCCAUGGUGAAGCCUGUGUUCAUACCAAAGUCGCAGCGAGACACCAUCGCAGAGCGUGAGCGGCUGGAGGAGGAGGAGCGACAGCUUGAGGAGCUGGUCAAGAAAAGGCUGGAAGCUAGGAAGAUUCAGACUAGGCAGAUUGUUGUGGAAGAGAUUAGAAAGGAGGAGCACAUUGAAAAGGCACUGAAUGAGGAGGCUAACAUUGAGGAUGUUGAUACGGAUGAUGAGUUGAAUGAAGCAGAGGAGUACGAGUCAUGGAAAAAUAGAGAAAUAGCAAGAAUUAAGAGGGACAGGGAGGAAAGAGAUGCAAGGUUGAAGGAGAAGGAGGAGAUCGAGAGGGUAAGGAAUAUGACCGAGGAAGAGCGUCGGGAAUGGGAGCGGAAGAAUCCAAAGCCUCUUCGUGAGACGAAACAGAAGUGGAGGUUUAUGCAGAAGUAUUACCACAAAGGUGCCUUCUUCCAGGAAGGUGCUGAUGAUGUUAUUCAGUCAGCUGGUAAAGAUGAUAUCUACAGGCGUGAUUUCUCUGAACCUACUGGAGAGGAUAAGAUGGACAAGAGCAUCUUGCCCAAGGUCAUGCAAGUUAAACACUUUGGGCGCAGCGGCAGAACAAAGUGGACACAUCUUGUUAACGAGGAUACUACAGAUUGGAAUGCACCAUGGGCUACAAAUGGGCCUCUGCGAGCGAAGUAUAAUGCAAAAAUGGCAGGCAUGAAUGCACCUAUUGCUAAACCAAAGGGAAGUAAGAAGAUGAAGGACUGGGAUGCAAAGUGAGAUGUGUAAGGUCUUUUUGCUGGCUGAGCUGGGCUUCAACCCCACAAGUAUGCUGCAUAUUGAAUGGAGCAGAAAAGCGAAAGCGAACUUACAUUUGUAGUCAGUCACGUAUGGAUCUUAAUCUCCCGAGAACGAACAGUUUUGUCCAGUGAACAGUGUGGUUCAAGUCAGCUCAGGUUUUGUGAAACCCUGAAUAAUUUCAUGUAAUAUGUUCUGCCCUUUGAUAUAUGCGGGUUCGCUGACGGCGCCGUGGAAGAGCACCGUGCUCUACGGAGUGGUCAACUCGCAGCCGGGACUUCCCGUCUCCGCCGCCACCGGCGGCUGCGGAGGUCGUUCUGGCCGGAGAGGCCACCGGGGCUGGACGGACACGGUUGGACGCCAUUACCAUGCAGAGCUCCAACCAAUGUCCAAUGGGAGGGAGGGGAUUGGUCGAUCGAUCUGCAACAAUGCCGUCAAGAACAGGUCCAUGAAUGGACUCGAUCGGCCUCUCAGCGUGGCAGAGCAUCCAUCAGCAGGCACCGGCGGCAUCUAAAAACAGCACAACUGAUCCGUGAAUUUUCGAUGAAUAGUGGGAAUUUCGAUGGAUUAUACUGUUUUCUGCGAAGUUGUAAAAUUCCAGCAAGAAAUAUUGUGUUCGAAACUGUCACUAAGAAAAUGAAUACACAUAUCACCAGGGCGAAGCUAGAUGAGCUA